UGCUCCACGUACGUAUACCUCUUCUCGCAAACACAGCAGCGACACGUGGAAGGCAACCGACAACCGACAACCAACAUCCAACACACUCAACUGCUGUGCAAGUCCCCGCCCCACACUUCACAUUCCCUCAACCCCACACCCUCACUGCUACGCCAAGAGAACAAUGUCUUUUCUACAGGGCAUCAUUCCGGAGAAGCCCGUUCAGCGUGCCGUCAGCGUCACUGCGCUUGCUAUAGCCGGCUGUGGAGGGUUGUACUUCGCCGCAGAGAGCGGAGCCCUUGUCAGCUGGAGCCUGCCUUACGUCAAACCAUGGCAGGUCUUGACCCUCACCUCCUGGGCCAUCAACACCGCGGCCGUCUCUGCCGGCGGGAGACUGGAUGGCCCGGAGCCAGAGGACCCCAAGGACGCGAAGCUUCCUCUGGUUCGCUACUUCAUGCCGGCGGGGUGGGCGUUCUCAAUCUGGGGGCCCAUCUUCCUAGGCGAAGCUGCCCUGGCGGUGUACCAGACGCUGCCGCUAGAGGGCGUUAGCGCCGCGGCCGGGUGGCUCAGCAAGCUCAGCCCCUGGCUUUCAUCGGCCUUCCUGGUUCAGUCCUGCUGGUGCCUCUCCUUCCGGGAGUGGGCGAGAGACUCGGGUCUCCUCUGGUUCCCGGCUGCGCUGUUGGGGGGCACCGCGGCAUGCCUGGGAGGGGCCCACCACGUCGUCAGGGGCGCUCUGGCGGCAGGCGAAAUGUCGAACCUCCAGUACGGCUUGGUGCACCUUCCCGUCAGCCUUCACUUCGGGUGGGUGUCUUGCGCGACCCUGGUGAACUUCAACAACUACAUCUCGCUGCUGCCCUUCUCCGACAAGGGCAAGCUGAACUUCUCGCUGGCGUCCAUCGCAUCCGCGGUCGGCCUGGCGGUCGCCGUUACCGGGACCACCGGAGACCCGGUCUACGCCGGCGUGGUCGCUUGGGCUCUGUCGGCCGUGGCCAGCGAGAAGGGCUGGGCCAAGAUGAAGGGCCGGGAAAGGGGGGAAAAUUAA